AUGGCCUCGCCUCGUCGUCCGUCGUGCCGCCUCACGACGCUGCCUCCUCACGCCACCGUGAACGCGCACGACUCGUCUCAAACUGCCGAACACGAUCAAAGUCGCGGCCCGAUCGCACAGCCUCGCUACCACUUUCCCUCCUUUCUCCCUCUCGUUACCCCCCCUUCUCCCUCUCGUUUCCCCCCCUCCCCCUCUCGUUUACCCCCCUUCCCCCUCUCGUUUCCCCUCCUUCUCCCUCUCAUUUCCCCCCUUGCUCACUCUCAUGUCCCCCCUUUCCCCUUCUCAUUUCCCCCCAUUCUCGCUCUCAUUUCCCCUCAUGCUCCCCAUCAUUCCCCCCCUUUCCCCCUCUCGUUUCCCUCCCAUUCACCUGCUCAUUUCCCCCCCUUCUCCCUCUCAUUCCCCCCCCCCCCUGCUCCCUCUCAUCUCCCCCCCUUCUCCUUCCCGUCUCCCCCCCUUCUCCCUCUCGUUUCCCCCCCUUCUCCCUCUCAUUUCCCCCCCUUAUCCCGCUCAUUGCCCCCCUUUCUCCUUCUCAUUUCCAUCCGUUCUCCCCCUCAUUCCCCCCAUGCGCCCCCUCAUUCCCCCCUUUUUCUCCCUUUCAUUUCCCCCCCUGCUCCCUGUCAUGCCCCCCCUUUCUCCCGCUCAUUUCCCCCCUUCUCCCUCUCAUUUCCCCCCCUGCUCCCUGUCAUGUCCCCCCUUUCUCUCGAUCAUUUCCCCCCUUCUCCCGCUCAUUUCGUCGCCUAUCGAGAGGCCGCGCCUCCCGAUAGUAAGCGACAAGAGGCCGCACUGAAACUGCCGGUCCGCCAUAAGUCUCUCCUCAUCCCCCCCGCUCGUCAUCGCAAGGGAAGGCACCAUCGCACGAUCGUCGCUUGUCGCGUGGCCCACUGCGGCAUCGCCCUGCCGCACAGGUUCCACACAAUGCAUUACCCUUCCCCUCCCUGCAUUACCCUUCCCCUCCCUGCAUUACCCUUCCCCUCCCUGCAUUACCCUUCCCCUCCCUGCAUUAUCCUUCCCCUCCCUGCAUUACCCUUCCCCUCCUUGCAUUACCCUUCCCCUCCCUGCAUUACCCUUCCCCUCCCUGCAUUACCCUUCCCCUCCCUGCAUUACCCUUCCCCUCCUUGCAUUACCCUUCCCCUCCCUGCAUUACCCUUCCCCUCCCUGCAUUACCCUUCCCCUCCCUGCAUUACCCUUCCCCUCCCUGCAUUACCCUUCCCCUCCCUGCAUUACCCUUCCCCUCCCUGCAUUACCCUUCCCCUCCCUGCAUUACCCUUCCCCUCCCUGCAUUACCCUUCCCCUCCCUGCAUUACCCUUCCCCUCCCUGCAUUACCCUUCCCCUCCCUGCAUUACCCUUCCCCUCCCUGCAUUACCCUUCCCCUCCCUGCAUUACCCUUCCCCUCCCUGCAUUACCCUUCCCCUCCUUGCAUUACCCUUCCCCUCCCUGCAUUACCCUUCCCCUCCCUGCAUUACCCUUCCCCUCCCUGCAUUACCCUUCCCCUCCCUGCAUUACCCUUCCCCUCCCUGCAUUACCCUUCCCCCCUCUUUUUCACGAUCCUCCUGCCUUUCCCUCUUCUCCCCUCUCCUGCUGCCUUUCUCUCUUUUCAGCUCUCUUCCUACCUUUCCCUCAUUUCCCCUCUCUUCCAGCCCUUCCCACUUUUCUGCAAUCUUCCUGCCUUUCCCUCUUUUUUCCUCUCUUCCCCAUCUCCCACUCUUGUCACCAAACCUCUGCGUCCCACCUAA